GUAGGCAGGCGUGGCGGGGCCGCCCCCUUCCUGCUUCCGCCGCGCGGCCCCGCAGCGCUCCGGGACGGGCGGCGGCGGGCGAGGGGCGGCGGGGGGCGGCCGGGGCACGUCCCGCCCUCACGGCACGGCGCUUGGGCCCGCAGCGUCGCCGCGCGAGGAGCGGGUAAGAUGUUGGACGUGAAGGGCUGGGCCGAGUACGUCGUGGAGUGGGCUGCCAAGGACCCGUACGGUUUCCUCACCACCGUCAUCCUGGCCCUGACGCCGCUGUUCAUAAUCAGCGCGGCGCUGUCGUGGAAGCUCGCGAAAAUGAUCGAGGCCAGAGAGCGAGAGCAAAAGAAGAAGCAGAAGCGCCAGGAGAACAUUGCAAAAGCCAAGCGAGCCAAGAAGGAUUAAAUGGGCAGGAAAGGCCUGCCCCGUGAAAAGAAUCCACUUUUUUUAAUGAAGCACUGUUGUACGUUUUGUGUUGUAACCUUCCUUUGAUACUUGAUCCUCUUACAUCUUGAAGUAUGAAAUUUAACUCCUUCAGUAUAUUUUUUUUCUGCCGAAAUGAUCUGUGUUAAAGUUUGCCCAAGUGACACACGUUACAGCCAUUUAAUCUCCUUGCAUUCCAGUGCAGGCUGCUUUUCUAAAUUUGCAUGUUAAAUUCAAAAAUGAUUUAGGUGGGUAGCACUGGGGUCAUUUAUUUAUUACAUUUUUUUCUAUAGAUGAGCUAUGACUUAACAAGUGUCUUAAAAGUGUCAAAUUAUGGGGAUGACUCAUUAAAUGCUAUAACCUUUGGUUUCUUGGUAUAGCAAGCCAUUUUCUGUGUUGCAGGACCUCUCUGGUGUGAUCAUGUUGUGCUUACAUGUAUUUUGUAGUUCCUGGUAAACUGGAAUACAGGAAGGCAAGCUUUGGUACACCUGCAGCAGAGCUGUAGAGAAGCUGGCUUCCAAGCUUCUUGGUUUGCUAAUGUGUUUCAUUGACACUCAGGGCGUAUGGCCGUGCAGUUCAUUCAUUGUUUGCCCUAGGAACUGCUGUAGCUUAGUUGAUGGUGGGGCUUAGCUGCUCGAAGAACCUAACUUAGCUUUUCUUGUUUCCAGAACUACUGACCCAUCAUCAGUCUUUGUUUUCUCUAGGAAACUGAUUUUUUGUUCUUAAUGCCUCCAUUUGUCAGAGGCUAUUCAUGUUCUACAAAGUACACUACAGCAUUGUUUGGUUUUCCCUCAUUAUCACCUGAACAGUGCACCUGUAACUCGCUUCUGUCUUCAGAAGCUUUUUAGGCCUCAGAGAGUAGCCAUAAAUGGGGUCAGAGCAAAGGCCCAAUGGUCUUCGUGACCUAGGUGGCUGUGGAGAGAGUACACGAGUAGGAUGUGCAUGCUGGUGACAGAGGUUCUUCCUACUUGCUACCUUUGAUUUAGGACAUUCAGACUCUAGGUGAUGACAUUGUGUUCUUGUGGCCCUUGAAAUUUCGCCACUCUCCAGGUUGCAAAAUGCUGGCACAGUAGAAAAAGUCUUAGUGGGGAUUCUGUUGUAAAUAUGCCAAAAUUUUUAAACCUUAAUUCCAAUUCACGUUUUUCUAACAAAUGAUUUUUUUUCAAAGCCUAAUUUUGAUUAUUAAUCUAGUUUUAAAGCUUGUCAAAGUCAUUACAUUUUCAGACUUUACAUAUUUCUAAACGGCAGCACAAAGUCAUGCUUGCUACCAACUACUCCUUUAUUAUAUGGUUAAAAAUGAAACCUUAAUAUCAGAGGAAGCAAAGAGACCCGUAGGGCUGGUUGACUGUAGCAGGCUAAGAAGGGGGAAGUUUAACUGAAAUGACUAAGUAAAAGUGAAGUACUUACCUGCAACCAGAAACUGAUGACCAUCUUUCAGUUUUAUUGGUCAAGGCAAGCAUUAUUAGAAUGAAAUACCCACAUCUUGUGGUACAUGGGAUUAAGUGACCGUUUUCUCAAAUGUCAAAUGUGUAUGCCACCUUUAGUACCUACGUAGUUUAAAACACAUUGAACAGAACUGAUUAAGGAUGCACUGCAUAAAUAAAUUUGAUACUUUUUCA